AUGUGCCCAGCUCGCUUCACAAGGUCAACACACCUUAAUCGCCACCUGAGAACACACACCAACGAGCGUCUGUAUUGUUGUGACACCUGCCGGGCAGAGUUCACCAGGAGCGAUCUCCUUACAAGACACAAGCGAAGCUGCGGAGAUCCCGCCAACGAGAAUAAGUCGAGGCGCAAGUCGUGCCAGGCGUGCGCUGAAAGCAAGGUCAAGUGCGAUCUGGGCGAGCCCUGCUCCAAAUGUGUACUUCGUCGGAGGGACUGUACAUAUCUUAACGACCCCAAGACCUCACUGGAGAAGAAAGCAGCGUCACUGGCCCGCAAACAGAAGAAACUCGCCGCCGCCCAACGUGACUAUCCUGAUAGUGAGGCUUCUUCACCCUCUCCGCCACUUUCGCCCUUUGGAAGUAGCGAUCUGAAUUCGCCCAUGACGCCUCACGAUCUCAACCCCUUCGACCGGAACAGUUCGUCGUCCUCGCUGUCUUCGAUGGCUCAGUCCGUGUGCGAUCUGGCGAACGAAUUAGAGUUCUCCUACGCAACUGAUUCCCUCUUCCCGCCAUUUGACGCCGAGUUGACAACUCCGGAGGUCGAUCACAUCGGCAGCCUGGCGCUGGACCCAGACGUCGAAAGCUUCGACGACGCUCUUACCAAGCUUAUGACCGGCCACACUUCCAGCAGCUGUGCUGCUAUCUCGGAAGCCAUGCCUGCAGAUUACUUCGCGCCCGCGGCGUUUGAGGGAUGGUUCAGCGGCGACUUGCCAAGCCCUUCCUUGGCUUCGAUGGCGGCGGCGGCGGCGACAUCGUACAUGGCAGAGCCUAUAGCGGGCCCAUCAAUUCAGUCAUUUACGUCUGCACAAUGCCCUGACCCAUCCGUGAUGUGGCCUCCCCAACCGUCAUCGUCGCCGUCUCAGCCACCGUCCUCUGACUCUGCCAUCUAUGGAAACCUCUCAUCCUCGGCUACGUCACAACAUUAUCUGUAUAUGUUCCACACCGCAUUUCUCUCGCAUAUCCCGUUGCUGCAUCUGCCGACUUUGUCCCUCAGGGACAAGCCUCCUAUUCUCGUGCAUGCCAUGCAGGCAUGCGGAGCGCUGUUCGUCAAUACACAAGAAGCGAACGAAUUCGUGAUCGAUACACUCAACAGCACUCGAGAUCAGCUAUUGCAACUGAUGACAAAGGCGUCGAACGACUUUGAGCAACAGCUCUACUUGAUCAUCGCAGGACUGUUGCUUCAAGCACUUGACCUGGAACGCAGUAGUUUUGAGAAGCGGGCUUCGUCAAAUAUCUACCACGGCAUGCUGAUCAUGAUGAUCCAACGAUGCGGGCUUGUCUCUCGUAGUUCGGAGUAUGUGCCGCCGCCUCUCAAAGGAGCGAAUCUGCCCUAUGUCGAUGCCGCCUGGAGAGACUGGGCGAUGCAUGAAACCAUCAAACGCGCUCUCCACGUCGCAUACAUCCACGACGCUUUCCACUGCGUCUUCUAUUCGCUUCCGCCGUCAUUCCCUCGGAACGAGAUGAACUUGCCCGUCGACGAAGAUCUUUGGCGCGCAGGCAGUGCCGAAGAGUGGUCCGCUAUCUUACAUCGGACCUCCCCGAACGGCGAAACAUCGGCACGUUUGACCGGAUUCAACGCUCAGAACGCGUUAUCAGUGUUUGGGAGCAUGCACUUUAUGCCCAUUCAGCUACCAUUGUCAUCUUUUGCACAUCUUGUCCUCAUCCACUCGCUCCUUUCCGACAUCUACGCGCCAUCCUCGAUCAGCGCCACAGGCGCCGUUCAGACCGAUACCUUCACCCUCCAUAACGCCCUACACGCGUGGUUGCAUAGCUGGAGACAUGCACCGGACGCGCCAGUUCUCGACAUCGGCAAUCCGGGAACGCGAUUCUACCAAAACGCGUUACCAUAUUAUUGGCUCGCGCAGAUCACGUUGCUCGUUAGCGCUCAGGCCCCGCGCUUCUACACGCUCGCCGCAGAUGUGCGGUACAAGGUGGUCACCCAAUGGGUCAAGCGUAUACAAGGUGUUAUUCGGGACGGAGAGCAGGUCUCCACGACCAUCUGGCUUGAUUUGAUGGCUGCUGCUGAAGCUCCGGAGGGCCCAGAGACGAUCUCCUUAUCAAAUCAUAGGUUCAUGUACUACAAUUUUUAG